CAACACAUUAACUUAAUAUUCUCCUCAUCCCAUUCUCCUGUUUAUUUUAGUUAUAUGUUAUGUUUUACAACUUUUUGCCUCUUUAAUUGAUCGGUGCUUAAUUUUUCUAAUACAGUCUUCUGAAAAGUCUGACCUUGAUGAGCAAUUAGUCGGUAGCAGAAUAAAAGUUUGGUGGCCAUUGGACAAGAUGUUUUAUGAAGGCAUUGUAAAUUCUUAUGACCCUGUUAAAAAGAAGCACCAGGUGUUAUAUGCUGACGGUGAUGAAGAAGUUUUAAAUCUCAAAAAGGAGUGCUGGGAACCGGUUGGAGAUAAUGUUUUGCCUGUUGGUCAAGAGAGUAAUGCUCAAGAACCAUGUGCUUCAUCUGAUCUACUGCAAAGGAGAAGGGGGAAAACAAAGUCAAAGUCAGCCAAACGAGAAAUAGUUGAUUCUUCUUUGAAAAGGAGUGGAGGUUCAGGUGGCAUAUCUGAAGUCGUCAAACGAACAGAAUCUGGCGGUAAUUCUGCAGAUAAUCUUGAGCCUGACAAGCCUAUUGUUGUUUCCGAGUCUGUGAAUGACCCUUCUGUGGCAGAAGAUGGGUUGAAAGAUGAUGGCCAUAUAAAGUCUACCGGAAAAUCGAGGAUUGAGAGGCUAAAGACUGGUACCAGCUUGAUGCAGAACAUGCCUAAGGCUACGACCUUGCGCAAGGGAUUCCUUUAACUUACAGAUAUAUGUUAGAAAGGGUGCAAAGAAAUGGAGGUAGUUCAGUUCUAUUUACCUGAGUUAGACAAGGUUGUGUAUAGAGUGAGUGGUGACAGAAGCUCUUAAGGCUUAUAAUUUUGGCUUUAGGACAGGGUAGUAUCAGUUAUAGUCUCUUUCUUUUGUUUCUCAUGUAACGGCAGAAGCAAGCAUAGGGUGUUUUUCUGCCUUCAGAGACUGGUUGAUGCAUUUGAACUCUUACCAACUUGUUUCA